UGUGUAUACAUAUCCUUGAUCCUAGAAACUAUUAGGAAGAAAAAAAAAUGAUCCUUACCUUUUGUUUCAACUCACUUGUAGAACGGUUGUCCAGGCGGUGGCCAUUGCUCGUCUAUGCCACCACCUGGACAACCAUUCUAACCGUCACAGUAGCCAUAACCUCAUUCGCGCCAGAAUUCGCGUUUGUGUGGGCCAUAGCCCCGUCUUCGUUAUUCUCUCGGGUAUGUCAAGAUCAAAGAGAAGGCUUCGUGAGAGUCCCUUUUGAUGUUCCGUCGGAGGUCUUUUGUCUUCCUGCCGAGAUGUUUAAAAAGUCCAAGAUGGACUUGGUGGUCCCGCCCAUCUUCGCGGCCAUCGUUGUGGCAGCCUCGGCGUGUUUGGUCCGAGCUCUUGGCUUGUGGGAGGUGGAUGAAGUUGAGGGUCAAUAAGAUUACUCAUUAGAACAAAAUUGUUGCACUUCGAUUUUUUGCAGUGUUGUAAGAACUGCUAGACGCUAGUCGGCUGGUGGGGUACCGACUAGCGAUUAAUCAAGAUUGAUCGGAUUGGAUUUUAUACGUAAUUUUCAGUUUUAUAUGUAUGUAUAUACACACAUUUUUAUAUGUA